AUGGAGUUGGAGGAAUUGGAAGGACAAGAGCCAGUGAGUCCAAAUGGUCAGUACUUCAGUAGCAAUGUGAUAUCUCUAUCGGUUCUUGCUAUUUGGGAAUUUGAGAUUCCAUUCGAUCCCGAGUCUCAAACAAUAUCGUUGCUUAUUAAGAACGUCUUCCUCCCCGUCAGCCCUCGUUUCUCCUCUAUCAUGGUUGAAAAUAAUGGAAAGAAAGAGUGGAAAAGGGUGGAAGUGAAGCUUGAAGACCACGUUUACACCCCUACUUUCCCUUCCGGCCUAUCGCUUGAAUCAUACGACAAGUAUUUUGACGACUAUAUUUCAAAGCUAUUAACAGAAAGAUUUCCACAAGGCAAACCACUAUGGGAAAUUCAUAUUAUCACCUACCCAACUAGCAAUGCAGCUACUAAUGUAAUCUUCAAGUUACACCAUGCGCUUGGAGAUGGUUACUCUCUCAUGGGUGCCUUGAUUUCUUCUAUGCAAAGGGCUGACAACCCUUCUCUUCCCUUAACUUUUCCUUCACGAAAGCGACCCGAAUCAAAGAGAGAAAAUUUUGUGACUAAAACUUUCUCAGGUUUCUGCAACACCAUUUCAGACUUGUGGUCGGGCACUUUAAAGACCAUGAACGGAGAUGUUCUAACACCAAUCAGGUCUGGUAAUGAUGCAAUUGAAUUUCGGCCAGCAACUGUAUCAACUAUGACAUUCUCUCUUGAUCAAAUCAAAUCAAUCAAGGACAAGCUUGGAGUGACUGUAAAUGAUGUUCUGACCGGGAUGAUCUUCUUCGGAACUCGACUGUACAUGCAAGAGAUGAACCAAAGUUCAAGCAAAGCAGAUUGUACAGCAAUGGUGUUGCUCAACACAAGGAUCAUGGGGGAUUAUAUGCCAAUUGAGGAGAUGAUCAAACCCAACAGCAAGGCGCCAUGGGGAAAUCGUUUUACAUUCAUGCAUGUACCCAUACCCAAGUUAACUGAACUCUCAAAUGCGCUGGACUUUAUCUGGAACACACGCAAAAUAAUAAAGAGAAAGAGAAACUCUUUCGCUGCUUAUUUCAAUAGUAGGCUACUGGAGCUUGUGCACAAAUUUGGAAGCCAUGAGGCAUGCGGGAAAUACAUUCAUCGCACAUUGAAGAACUCGAGCAUGCUAAUCUCAAAUUUGAUUGGACCUGUGGAACAAAUGUCUUUGGCUAAUCAUCCAAUAAAGGGUUUUUACUUUGUGGUCGGUGGUGGACCUCUGGCAAACACUUUUCUCUCAUCAAAGUCAGCUGCUGGGACUCCGGAAUGGAUGGCACCGGAAGUCCUGCGUGAUGAACCGUCAAAUGAGAAGUCAGAUGUUUACAGUUUUGGUGUAAUAUUGUGGGAACUAGCUACACUGCAACAGCCGUGGGGUAAUUUAAAUCCAGCACAGGUUGUGGCAGCUGUUGGUUUUAAGAACAAAAGGCUUGAGAUUCCACGUGAUUUGAAUCCUCAAGUGGCUUCGAUCAUUGAGGCUUGCUGGGCCAAUGAGCCCUGGAAACGACCUUCAUUUGCUAGUAUCAUGGAAUCUUUGAUGCCGUUGAUUAAAGCUCCUGCGACUCAACCUAGUCGUCCAGGUGUGCCAUUACUCAGCUGA